CAAAAGAGUGAAGACUUUAAAAAAAUUUUAAUUUUCUAUCAUAAAAUCACUCAAAAAAAUCAAAAAUUUAUGAAUUAAACCCCAAAAAAUGACGAUACAGGACGUCAACGUGUUCCUGGACAUUGAUUUCCUCACAAAACAAGUUCGAGAAGCCCGAAUUGUUGAAAAACCUGUUGGACUUUCAAAGAUUUUUGUGGAUUUCGGAGAAAACUUAGUCGGCAAAUGCUCUUCUUGUACCAACAACUUCCAAAUUUGCAUUUACGGAACCCCAAAUUCUCCUGUGACGACUGAAUUUGAUGAGAUUUUGGAACCAACUAUCGUUAAAAUUGAAGAAAAUGACACUUUUAAGCUAUUUUUCGAUGAAUCUCAGGAAGAAAGUGUUCCAACAAAAAAUCAGGAGACCUUGGAAGAGCCAGAAAAUAAAAAUUGGGAAUGUAAAUUUUGUGGAAAAGGCUUGAAAAACGUUCAAGGACUUGCGAUGCACGAGAAAUUUUGUAAAAUUAACAGAAAUCGGCAGGAAAAAAAGAGUUCAAAGGGAAAUGCGGUUGAAAAAAAGGCAGAAAAUGUCGAAAUUAAGGAAAAAACUGAUGAAUUAAAGGAAAAAGACACGAUUUCGAAACGGAAAUUCGCUUGUAAAUACUGCCAACGAGUCUUCAAGCGAUUUAGUAUCGCGCGCCGGCACGAACAAACCCUUCACGAGCGUCAGAUAAAUUUCACUUGCGAGACUUGUGGUUGGGGAACGUGGUGCGAACGUGAAUUAGAGUUGCACAAAAUAAAAGUUCACACGGGAAAUCCUCGUCCUUUCAUCUGCGACAUUUGUACGACGCGAAAUACGUUUCCCUCGAAAGCCACCGUCGUUUAUCACAUGCGAGUGCAUCACAUCAAAGACGCGAAAUUCAAGUGCGACACUUGCCGAAAGCGAUUUACGUGCAAAACGCAUCUCGGGCAACACAUUCAAACGGUUCAUUCGAGUUUGCGGCCAUUUCCGUGCCCCGAUUGCGGAAAACUCUUCAAACAACAGUCCGACGUGAAAAUUCAUCGGUACAAAAUUCACGUGCCCAAAGAGCGAAAACCCCAAAUUAUGUGCAAUGUGUGCGAUUUUGUGACGCACGACAAACACAGCUUUGCGCGCCACAAAUUGCUUCAUCUCGACGACGCCGAAAAACCCUUUCAUUGUAAAUUUUGCGGCAAAGGAUUUCCCUCGAAGUCAAAUCAGGAGCGACAUGAAAAGACGCAUCUCGAUAUUAGGCCGUUCACGUGUUCGUUUUGCGAGAAGGCUUUUCGCACGAAGGAAGAUCUGAAAAUUCACGUGAGACAUCACACGGGCGAGAAACCGUACGAAUGCGAGGUUUGUGGGCAGCGGUAUGGAGAUCGGGGAUGUUAUCGAUCGCAUUUGAUUGGGCAUGAGAAGCAAAUGGGAAUUACAUUGGAUAAAAGUGUCAAGAAAUUUUUGAAUAAACCGAAGGUCGUUGAUGAUUUGUGAAAGUUAAAAUUGAAUUUUUAUUUUUUU